GUGUGUGUGUGUGUGUGUGUGUCGCGUUGAGCGCGCGCAGCCAUGAUCUCGGCACUGUGUUGAAAACAUGGACUCCAGUUCUCGUCAUUUAACACUGUUUUACAUCGUUUUUCUGACUCUUACGUGCCAUGUGGCGCUAGGAGAGGACACCGCCGACUGUCCUGCAGAUGGACGCACGUGGUUGCCAUUCAGCCUCAACUGCUAUCACUUCGUCCAUGGAGAGGAGGAUGUUGCCAAAAGCUACUCCAUUCAAGAUGCAAAAGACAUGUGCAGAGGAUAUGAUCUCUUGACAGUAAAAAGUGCGGAGGAGAAUGACUUCAUCGUUAAGUACAGUCCUUCUGUAUGGAAAGGUAAAAUGAGCGUCUGGGUUGGAAUGUACUACGACAGCGACGGUAAGUUUGAUUUCAAUCCAAAAACAUGCCUGCGUCUCAAAACCUAG